AUGGCUCAUGCUCCCCUCCUGAGAACGAACACGGCUCCUGUAUUCCAGCAACCCGACGGAAUCGGUAGCCUCACCAAUACCAUGAGUAAUGCGCCCCGCGCCAGCCAGCUUUCCGGCUCGACAGCCUUCACCUCCUCCGCCUCGCUAGCCUCCUUCAACAGCGCGUCCACCGUCGCGCCCCCGCAAAAUGGCGGCCCUGUCGUUGCCACCGCCAACAUUAUCAACCAAAAGGCCGAUGCCUCGCGCUCUCUAUACCAGAUCUGCAUGUCGUUGAAGCAGCGCCUAUCCCAAGUGCCCAACUUCGACCCCUAUUUGCAGCAACUGGACCCUAAUGACCCUGUCGAGUCAUUGUGGAGCCUCUUCCGCACCGGUUACCCCCUCCUCGACAUAUACAACGCCCUGCAGCCCGAAAAACCCCUUGAGAUCGAAGAGGCAAACGCAAACGCAAAUGACAGCAAAAAGGCAAAAAUCGCCCUCUUCAAGUUCAUCCAGGCCUGUCUCAAGGAUUUGGGCAUCCCCUCGGCCGAAUGCUUCGUCAUCAGCGAUGUGCUGGGCAAUGACACGACCGGAUUUGUCAAGACAACCCAAGUCGUAAACUACGUACUCGACAUCGCCGAACAACGAGGGCUUCUGCAACAGUUGCAGCCCUACCCCGACGAUGACCUGCCCCUCGAACCGGGCUCCAAGCUGAGCUACCGAGAUCACAUUGUGAAGGAAUUGGUCGAUACGGAGCGCAAAUAUGUGCAGGAUCUGGAGAACCUCUACGACCUCAAGAGUAGCUUGGAGACGAAGGGAAUCAUCACCGGCGACACGAUCCACCAGAUUUUCCUCAACAUCAACGCCAUUCUGGACUUCCAGCGCCGGUUCCUUAUCCGCGUGGAGACGACCAACUCCAUGCCCAAGCUGGUGCAGCAAUGGGGAGCCCCCUUUGUCACAUACGAAGAAUCGUUCGAUAUCUACAGGCCCUUCAUCGCCAAUCAGCGCAAGGCGGCCCAGGUCGCGAACCAAGUCUUCGACCAGAUCAAGGCCAGCGGACAUCCUGUGGCCGCCGACUUCAACACUCUGGACGGUUUCCUGCUCAAGCCCAUGCAACGACUUGUCAAGUACCCGCUACUGCUGAAGGACCUCAUGAAGAAGAGCGAGGACGACGCGAUCAAGGCUGACCUGGCAGCCGGCAUCGAAGCUGCGGAACGCGUGCUCUCCAAGGCAAACGAGGAGGUCAACCGCGAUCUCCUGGACGAGGCUCUCGAUGACUUGCGAAACCGGGUCGACGACUGGAAGAAUCACCGCGUGGAGCAGUUCGGCCGUCUAUUGAUGCAUGGCGUUUAUACCGUUGUCACGGGCAAGAGUGAACAGGAAAAAGACUACGAGAUCUAUCUGUUCGAGUGUAUCCUGCUCUGCUGCAAGGAAAUAUCGGCAAACAAGAGCAAGGACAAGAAGGACAAGACCAGAUCGACCGGGCCCAAGAUGCGAAACAAGAAUGCCAGGCUUCAGCUGAAGGGUCGCAUCUUCAUGACCAAUGUCACCGACGUUGUUUCACUCGCAAAGCCUGGAUCGUACAGCGUUCAAAUCUGGUGGAAGGGUGACCCCGGCGUGGAGAACUUUAUGAUCAAGUACACCAACGAGGAGCAGAUGAAGAAAUGGGCCGUUGCCCUAGAGGCGCAACGUAAGGAGAACGCGCCCACCAAGGCUUCUGCAAGCCCUGAUCAGGCGGCCCCUGAUUUUGCCUGGACCCGCGACAACGCCGCCAAGCUCGAGAACCCGUAUCUCAACCAGCAAGACGAGGAUGACGAGGACGAGCUGUGGCCGGCGGCCUCGGCUCCCGCCCAAUUCCCCCCGCCGACUCAGUCGACGGGAGGCAGUAUGCUUCCUCGCAAUGCGUCAAGCACGAGCCUGCGGCAACGCGCCGCCACGAACGAGAGUCUUGCCGGCAUGGUGAGGGUGCCACCGCCCCGCUUUCCGCUUCCUCAGCCUCCCGCCCCCUUGAGCCUCACAACCCAGGUUCUCCCCUCGGGCGCGACUUCGCCCGGCGGUCGCGGUGGCGAUUCAUACUUCUCACCAGUGGCUGAGUCGCCCGUCUCGUCGCGAACGAGCACGGCGAGUACCAUGUUCCCCAACCCGGGAUACCAAUUUCCAAAGUCCCUCACCCCGCAGCCCGGUUCCGGGUGGGACGACCCAAACCAGAGAUACACGGCCCCGGCGAUGCCUCGCGCCCCCUCCCGAGACGGGUCCCAGCAGAGGAACCCUCGUGGGCCCUCACUGCCAGCCAUGGCAUCUAACAGCCAGAGUGCCGCACAGCAACAACGCAGCAGGUCAUACAGCACGCCUGAUAUCAACGGGCCCGGAGGCAUCCGUCGCACUCAGGGAGGCACUCCUGUCCCCGCGGUGCCUGGCAUCCCGUCACACCUGCACCCCGCCCACGACCAGAACAUACCUCGGUCGCAAACUGGCUCACCCAGGAUGAAUGACGUUCCCAUCCGAACGAACACGCAGAGCCCCGGUACCCAGCGCGAGCGCCAGUAUGGUCACCAUCAGUCCGGAAGCUACGGCGGGACCAUGUCUCAGUUCCCCGCUCAGCCGAUUUACCCUCGCCAGGGAACGCCGAAUUCUGGUCAUGACCGACAGCUCAGCAUCGACGCGGCCGCAUCCAUGAACGCGAUGCUGUCCCCGCCCCCGGGCAGUGGUAUCAGCGGCUCCUCGUCCAACCCGCUUGCCAGCCCGGAACUACCGAUUCCCACGCAGCUCAAGGUCAAGGUCAAUUUUGUCGACAGCGGCAACUACGUAACUCUGGUUGUUGCGUUCAACAUCACGUACCAAUCGCUGAUUGACCGGAUCGAUGCCAAGCUCGGGAGGUUUACCAGCAGCAGCAUCAGCAAGGGCAUGCUCAAGCUGCGCUACCAGGACGAGGAUGGUGACUUUGUAACCAUUGCCAGCGACGACGACAUCCAGAUUGCCUUCAUCGAGUGGCGCGAGGGCGCCCGCAACACCGCACCGGGAGGAGUUGGCGAGAUCGAACUCUUCUGCGUCGGGGAAACGGCUUGA